AUGGUUCAAAUAAUAUCCAAAAUCCUUGCAUUCACUUUAGCUCUUCAAAUCACAAAUGCCAAAAACUUAUAUUUAAAAGAUGAAUCUGUCCCAAUUAGUGUCAAACCUUUAACACCAGGUGGUAAUUCACAUGAUGAUAAAUUGUAUUUAUACCCAAUUGACUAUUAUAAUCCAACUUUAGAUUCAUGUGCACCAAAAGAUCAAAAUGAUCCAUAUAAUUUAUUAAAACCAAUAAAUUAUACUUAUCAAGAAGAUGAAUUUUUUGGUAAUCAUUUCCAAAAUGCUCCAAUUGCUACAACUUUCCAAAAUGGUAGUGCAAAAUGUGCUCAUAUUUGUGAUAAAAAUUAUAAUGAAGCUAACGUUACAUUAAUUAAUAAUUUAAUCAAGAGAAAUUAUAAAUUAAAUUUCUUCAUUGAUGAUGUUCCAGUUGGUCGUGAAUUAUAUGAUUCACAAACAAAGAAAUUUUAUAUUGAUAAUGGUGUUCCAAUGGGUUACUUAGACUUAGAUAAGAUUCCUCAUUUAUUCAAUCAUUUCCAAUUUGUUGUUUAUUACGUUUCUUAUGGUUUAGAAUAUGAAAUCUUAUAUGCUACAGUUUCAACAAGAUCUAUUUCAAGAGUUCCAGUUGUUCCAUUAGCUUGUAUGUUAACUCCACCAUUAAUGUUACGUUAUAAUGAUAAUUCUUAUAAUGGUAAUAGAGUCAGUUAUGACAUUUUAUGGAAAGAAGUUCAUGUUAAUAAAUGGAAUGAUAAAUGGGAAUUAUAUCAUAAUGAUGUUGUUAAACCAUUCAUUUCAAAUGCUGUUGUUGUUAUUUUCUCUGUCUUAACAUUAAUUGUUGCAUUCUAUACUUAUUUAACAGCUUCAAAUGCUAUUAAUACUGAAAAAUUAGAAUUCAUUUAUAAAACAAGACAAAAAUCUAAAACUAUUGAUGAAAAUAAUGAAUCUUUAGAACGUUCAUCAUCUUCUGAUGAUACUUUUGAUGAAAUUGAAUUUUCAUGGCCUUCAUUAAUCAAUGAUGUUUUCAGAAUUCCUUCAGCUUCACCAUUAUUAUAUGCCUUAGUGGCAAAUGGUAUUCAUUUAACUAUUGUUAUGACUUCAAUUAUUUUGAUUUUAGGUGUCGGUGCUAUUGAUACACAUUCAUUUGAAAAUAAAGUUGCUAAAACUAUCGUUUCAGCUUAUAUUUUAACUACACCAAUCCCAUCAUUAAUUAAUACUUAUUUCUUCAAGAAGUUUGCCACUUCUUCAUCAUCAGUUGAUUCAUUCAAAAAGAGAUUAACUCAAACUGUUUUAUUAAAUAGUUUUGCCCUACCAGUAUUAACAUUUAUUUACAUUAGAUUCUUUAAUAACGCUUAUGCUUCAGUUGAAUCACCAACUCAUAUUUCAUGGAAAGUUUAUGAACAUGUUUCAACUUAUUAUAUUGGUAUUACAUUAGUUACAUUUUUCAUUGGUUUGAAAUUUUUAAAAGUUCAACCAUAUCCAUCAUCAGAUAUUGCUAAAAAAGUUUCAGCCUUACCAAUUACUUUCCAACCAAUUCCAAAUAUGAUUAUUUCAGGUAUUUUCCCAUUCGGUGUUAUCUUAAUCCCAUUAUCAUCAGUUUAUAUCACAUUAUGGUACUCACAUUUCUAUUCCAAUAACACUUUGACUAUUUCAUACUUGUUGUUAUUAACUUUAACUACAGCCAUUAGUAUUUUAAAUGUUUAUCAUUCAUUAUCAAUUGGUAAUUGGAAAUGGCAAUGGUAUUCAUUCUUGAGUGGAUUUGCAGUGGGUAUUUAUACAUUUAUUUACUCAUUCUAUUUAACAAAAUUCAGAUUUGGUGAUCAUGCUUCAAUGGUUAUCUUUUUAUUACAAAACAUUGCAAUCUCAUCCUUAUUAGGUUUAAUUGGUGGUUCUGUUGCAUUUAUUGCUUCACUCUACUUUGUUAAGAACUUAUAUUCUGGUCUUGUUAACUAA